CCGUGACCCGUCCACUUCCCUUUCUCAACCAACUCGCUCUCUCUCUUCUCUCUCCGGCGAGCACAGGUCUGGCGAGCUCAGGUCCGGCGAGCCCAGGUCCGGCGAGCCCAGGUCCGGCGAGACCAGGUCCGGCGAGCCCAGGUCCGGCGAGUCCAUACCCCCGUCAUCUUCCCUUUCUCAACCCACUCGCUCUCUCUCUUCUCUCUUUCUCUCUCGAAUAACUCCCUCUUUCUCUCUCUUCUAUCUCCGGUGAGUCCAGUCACGGCGAUCCUACCCAGCCCCAAACCCAGCCCCGGCGCAGCCCCGUUGCAAUCCCGACCCUACCCGCGCAACUUGACAAAAUCUCUCUGCCGCCAUUGCGACCCUGCCCGCCCCAAACCGAGCCCCAGCCCCAAAUCGUGGAUUUCUCUAAACAAGUUUCAACAUUUCUCAAAAAAAAAAAAAAAAAAAAACCCAACGUAGAAGACGAUGCAGUGGUACUUCGUUGCGGCUUUACUCACCAUUCUCACCAGUUCUCAGGGAAUACUGACAACACUCUCCCAAAGUAAUGGCAAGUAUUUGUAUGACUACGCAACUGUUCCAUUUCUUGCAGAAGUAUUCAAGCUAGUAGUUUCUAGUAUACUUCUUUGGAGAGAAUGUCAAGCAUCACCUUCGACACAGAUGACUACUGAUUGGAAGACCGUGCGACUAUAUCCUAUUCCCUCAGUUAUAUAUCUAAUUCACAACAAUGUUCAGUUUGCUACUCUGGUUUAUGUUGAUACAUCCACAUAUCAGAUAAUGGGCAAUCUGAAGAUUGUUACUACUGGUAUCUUGUUCAGGCUAUUCCUGAAGAGGAAGCUGUCUAAUCUGCAAUGGAUGGCAAUCGUUCUAUUAGCUGUUGGAACAACCACAAGUCAGGUUAAAGGUUGUGGAGAAGCUUCGUGUGAUUCUUUAUUCUCAGCGCCAAUCCAAGGGUAUAUGUUGGGCAUCCUAUCAGCUUGUCUUUCUGCAUUAGCUGGUGUUUACACAGAGUUUUUGAUGAAGAAGAACAAUGAUAGCUUGUACUGGCAGAAUGUGCAAUUGUAUACAUUUGGCGCAAUUUUCAACAUGGCGCGGCUUCUCUUGGACGAUUUCAGGCAUGGGUUUGAGAACGGACCCUGGUGGCAACGCCUUUUCUACGGAUACACUUUUACAACUUGGAUGGUGGUCUUAAAUCUUGGAUCAACUGGCUUGUUGGUCUCUUGGUUGAUGAAAUACGCUGACAAUAUUGUUAAGGUCUACUCAACAUCAAUGGCAAUGCUGCUGACAAUGGUUUUAUCUAUCUACCUUUUCACCUUCAAGCCCACAUUGCAGCUUUUCUUGGGAAUUAUCAUCUGCAUGAUGUCACUACACAUGUAUUUCGCUCCUCGGAACAUGCUUGUAGACAUAUCGGUUACGGCUAAAGCUGCUUCUGAGAGUCUGAAAGAAGUUUCUGUUGACCGAAGAUCAGAUUCCUAAUGCCAACUCCUCUUCAAGAGACGGAUACAUUUUUUGACACGUGAUAGGAAGUUGAACACAAUUGCAGUCUCUGGAAUAUGUACAGUAGCUGCAUCUACAGUGUGCAUCAAGAUAAAUCCAUUCUGAGGAAUUCCUUGUGUUCUACUUUGGUGGCAGUGAUGGCACAACAAUUGCUUUUAAAAGAAAGGAAUCGAUUCUAACCGGCGAUUCCCUUGCGAGCUUAUUUGAUCACAUGAGACAGAUUUGAUCAAUAAUUUUGUCUUAGUUCUUUUAACAUUGUGUCAUUAGAUUGCCAUUGGCUGCCUUCAUAAAAUAUGUUCAUGAAAAGCGCCAUUGAAAUUGAAAUUAUGUUUACGUUAUGGCCUUGAUUAAACUUGCCAGUAUUACAUAUACUUGUCACAAACAAUCAUCUUUAAUUCUAGUCGAAAUUUUUA